AAUUCAUUGGUGUUAAAUUUCAAGUGUUGUGGGCUUUGGUUAUAAAAAGGCAUCCUCAAAACCAACAGUUUCAACAAAAUGGAGAAUGUGUUCAUAACACUGACUGAUCGCCAAGGAACAUUAUCAUUAACUGUCUCCAAAGAAAUUGCAGAAAAAAUAAAGCAAGAUCACAAAUAUGCAGCAUGUCUAAUGCAGCAAGUGAGAUCUGCAACACUGAAAGAAGAUAGUAGUCAUCAUCCAGCCUCUUUGGCACCAUGUCCCCCUUUAGCUACAAGUCAUUGUACAGUGUCUUUGACCAAAUGCCCUCCGCCUCCAGUCAUUACUCCUUCAGUCACGAUCCACAAUCCUACACCUUUGUCCCAGUGCCCCCCUCCAAAGAUCACUCCUGGUCCAGCAUUUGUUAAAUGUUCUGGUAAAACAAAAACCAUAGAUCUCACUAAAGCCCCACAAGGACCCAAUCUUCAGAUACAUUUAAAACAGACAGAAUGCGACAAAAUCCAAGAAUUCACACACAGGACCACACUGCUGCUGCUUGACCUCACACAAGCAAACAUGCAGUUAUAUUAUAAAAACAAAAUAGCUUUUUAUAAAAAGAUUGAGCAAGACUUUAAAGUAAAUGGUUACAAUAUGACUAAUGAGAAACUUAGAAAAAAACUUGGUAACAUGAUUACCACGUAUAAAAGAGCUAAGGACCGGUGCCGAGCAACAGGGGAGGAAAAAAUAACUUGGGAGUACUACAAGGUUGGCAUUCUUUAUGUAUUUCAACUGCUGCAGAAUGAUUUGGUUGACUUUUUAAAAUAUUUUGCAUUAAUUUUGUUUCCUGGCCACAAACCCCUGGAAGUCAUCAAGGAGGAAUUUUACAGAAUUGCUGGAUUCCCCAAUGUGGUUGGAUGCAUUGACGGCUCACAUAUACCUAUCAUUGCACCAACUGAAAAUGAGUCAGACUAUGUUAACAGGAAGUCAAUCCACAGUAUUAAUGUGCAGAUUAUAUGUGAUGCUGCACAUAUUAUCACUAAUGUUGAAGCCAAGUGGCCUGGCUCUGUUCAUGACUCACGGAUAUAUCGUGAGUGUACCCUAAGCAACAGACUGCAAAGUGGGGAGAUUGAUGGCUUUCUGCUGGGGGAUAGGGGUUACCCAUGCCAGCCUACACUGCUAACCCCUUACCCAGAACCUGAGCAAGGGCCACAGCAGCGCUUCAAUGUGGCACACUGCAAAACUAGAGGCAGGGUGGAAAUGACUAAAGGCCUGUUGAAAGCACGUUUCCAGUGCCUACGUCACCUCAGGGUCACCCCUGAGAGGGCCUGCGACAUUAUUGUGGCAUGUGUAGUUCUCCAUAAUAUUGCCAUUUUUAGAGGGGAACCACAUCCUGCCCUACACAUACAAGCUCCAGAGGAAGACCCCAUCCACCCUGCAGAUUUCCAGGAUGGAAGGGUGGUCCGAGACCUUAUAUGUCACAAUUCAUUCUCUGAUUAAAUCAGCCACCACAAAAAUAAAAAAAUAAAGAAAUAAAUCAACAAGUCACAACAAUUUAUUUAGUCUUCUUUAUUUCCUACAAAUUAAAAAGCAACUGUUAAAUUUCUGUAUUCUUUUCAAACUUUUUCAUAAUCCACUAAAAAACAAUAUACACCUUACCUGUA